GAUAUUUAUGAAGCAUAAAUAUGUAUAACCUGCUAUUGCAAAAAUUCUGUUCUAGAUUCUUCAAUUUCCCAUAAUUCAUUAGUUUCAUAUUGCAUAAGUUACACUCUGAAAUCUAAUAUAUUUCAAGUUAAAAAAUUAACUUUGUUUACAUUUAUGCUCGCGCAGCGCAAAACACCAAACUACUUUCGAUUUUGCACUUCAGGCUAGUCCAAGCUUGCAAAGUUGGAGGGCCGCAAUUUCAAGGAGGCCUUGUGGGUCGCAGUCGGAGAAAAUCCAGAAUUGAUGGAAAUACUAAUUUGUGCUAUCGAUUCCAAUGGUUUGUGAACAAAAUUUAUCAACUAUUUUGACUCGGCCGCGGAUAAAACCCUUAUAUUCAAACGAAUCUUGAUCGAAGAUAGAUAAAAUUGCUAGAAAUAUAAAUGCCAUUUUAUAUACGUUUAUUAUCUGACUAUGGGACGCAAAUGAAUGGCCAAAUUGAAAUACCUGUUCCUGAUGCAUUUAUGAGGUUCCGCCGGAAACAUCAAGGCUAAUUCUUCACCGUUGGAUAUCAUGAAAGUUGAAAAAAAUCUGAAAACGGGAACGUGGAAGACAUCAUGGCACCGGUAGCUCACCUGGUUAGUGUUUCACAUUUUGCGGCCUCAUUCGAUUUUCGAAUACGCUGCAUUCUUGAUAUCGCUAUAUUCACAAUGGAAUUUAAACGACAGCUUUUUCCAGAGGAAAUAUUGGAUGGUAUUCAUCUGUCGGAAGAAGAAAAUCUGAACGAUUCCAACUAUCCUGACAGUGACGAUUUCGAAUCGGAAUUUGAUGACGAUCUGAUGGAAGAUGAUGUUUUUACGUUAACGUCUGAGAACGUGUCGUCUUAUAAACCGGCCAAUAAGAUGCCCGCAAGGGCAUACGCAAACAUGUCAUCAGGAAAUAUUGAACCGGCGUGGGAAUUUAAGACAGUCGACUGGACAGCUGAUACUACCGGAUUUACUGAUAGACUGUUUUCUCCAACAAACAUCCCUGGACCGAAAAACUUACCAACAUCAAUAAACGCUGACUCGACUCCAAUUGAAUAUUUGGAUGUAUUAUGGGACGCGAAAAUUUGGGAGUCGUUGGUCAAGAAGACUAAUCAGCACGCUCAUUAUGUAUUGAGGAAAAAUAGAGAUCUAAAAGCUGCAAAUUCAAUUGCAAAGAAAAACAUAACCUUGGAUGAAAUGAAAUCUUUUUUGCUCUGCGGGCCACCAUGGAAAUGCUUUUGUAUAAAGACCGGUACGAACAAUACUGGAAAACAAAGGAUGCUAGGAUGACCUAUACACCGGGAUUUGCAGAAAUCAUGUCCCGAGACAGAUUUCUCGCCAUUUGGUCGGUGCUGCAUUGCGUUGACGAAGAUGAUUCUACAUUAGACAAAACAGACAAAAUCUACAAAACACGGCCCAUUUUCAAUUCAAUUUUGAAAAAUUUCCAGCAUUACUACACUCCGGGUUGCAAUCUUUCACUCGAUGAAGGUAUGAUCCCGACAAAGAACAAAUUAUCGUUUCGGCAGUACAUUAAGGAUGGGCCUACGAAAUGGGGUUUAAAACUACAAAUUUUGUCGAUAAUGUACUAGGUUUAAUCAAAAACAAAUUGAAGAUUUGUCAAUUACAUUUGAGCAAUUUUCAGAAGUUUUUUAUGCUUUUUAAUUUUGCCAAUUUUCAUAAGAUGAUCACAAUAUUUUAUCUCAAUUUUAAAAUUAUACU